UGUCUACUGCUUUCAUUCCCUGGUAUAUAAAACUUAUUGCUCUUUAUCACCAUAAGUUCAUCAUAUAUCUACUACUUUGUGGCUCUCUGAGUUGUAUAAUCUAUGUGACUCCCUUAGUGUAGGUUAUGUCCUUCCCACAAGUGCAAUGAGGUAGGAUUAUUGGGUGUCUUUUCUUUUUCUUUUUUGAUUGAUGACAACUAUUAGGAAAAAAAACUCAAACAUGGAGAAGCAAAACUAAUGGAACAAGAUAAAGCUAUAUGCUUAAGGGGAUUAGGAGACUGUAUAGGAAUUGUGUUGGAGUGUAUGUUGAAGUAUAUAUCUACUACCACUUGAAAAGACGGAAGACUUCAACAUGUUUUCCAACUUGUCAUUCAAAAACUGCUCUUCAAUAAAGUGGUCAUGUCUUUAGUGUCCUGCUUCAGAAUUUUACUCCGUUGAAGACUUAGUCACAGUCAAACUAUAUACUUCCGUUAAUCAGGUUACUCUAAAAUUAUUAGAUUGAACUUCGUACUAUGCCUUAGCUUCUUAAUGAGGUCUACUCUAAUAUUUUUGUUUGUUCAAAUCUAUCCAAUCCAAAGACCUUAUUCAUGGUAAGCAACAUUAAUUACUAUGUGAUGCAUGACAUGACAUUAAUUUGAUUACUUAAAUCUUACUUGCAUUUGCUAUCAGACAUGGACAAAACUUGGAUGAAAAUGGGCAUGACAACAGAUGGAAGAAUUAGUCAGUUGUAUUAUAAUGGUGUUACUUCGUUUAUUCAAUUUGCAAGAGCGGUUAUUGAUGCACAAGGCUAUAUUCCGUGUCCGUGUCUAAAGUGUGUAAACUUUUACCGGAAAAGUCCAGAAGUUGUGCGAAUUCAUUUGAUUCAACAUGGGAUUAUGCAAAGUUACACUAUCUGGCAUGAGCAUGGAGAACCCCGUGAAUUAGAUGAUGUUCGGCAUCAUGAAAUGAGAGAUGGUGAUCUAGGUGGUAUGGAUGCUUUGGUGGAAGAUCGAAUAAGAGGGGAACCAAUAGAUGCGACCCAACAUGAGGAAGUGCAGAACUUUGAUAAACUUUUGAAUGAUUCCCAGCGCGAGAUAUACCCAGAAAUGUCUAGAGGAGAAAAAGUGUCUACCAAAAAAAAACAAGGAAAAGUAAUGCUCCAGCCUAAUUUUCUAGCAACUCAUUACAAAACACAUUAUGAGAGGAUAAGAGAUGAGAAAGUAAAGAGGAACAAUGAGGUAUUGGAAUCUCUUGGGGUUAUGAAAAUUGCAACAUCUAUGAUGGGAUCAGCUCGGCACCAGUGUGCUAAUGAUAAUGGGAAGCGUGGUAGGGCUGAUCAGGUGGACGACCCUGACUAUAUGCUAUCAAAUGAUGAGGAUGGUCAUGGCUAUAACAGUGAGUCUAAUGACUCUUUCGAGCAAGAGGACAUAGAGACACCACCAGGUGGUCUACCAGCACAAUCACAUACAGAGCCACAAUGUGGUGCAACUCUGAUCUCCGAGAGGGUCACCCGAUCAACACCUCAUCCCAGCAUGGAAAGCCAAGCCUCACUACCUCCCAUUGCUCAGCCACAAAAUGACGUGCUACCUGAGAACAAUGGCGAAAUUAAUAGACCUACCCGUGGACCUACGCGAGGCAUUGAAGCUCAGGGACUCAUUGACAAACAAGGAAAGCUUCCAGUUCCCAUUCCACAACUAUUUCGUGCGCCGGUAGGAAAGCAUGCUGCUCAAUUGGCCUCAAGGAUUGGUGUCGAGGUUCGCACACAUGUGAUAGACGUUGGCGUCCCUAGGUGGAAGGCAGUAGAUGAGAGUGUUAAAGCACCUAUACUUCAGCGCAUAAUGGAUAAGUUUGACUUGCAAGGAGAUCCAAUCGAUGUUGAAAAGGCAGUGGCAACACAAUGUGGACGGAGGUUGAGCAAUCACAACUUCGUUUUGCACAAAAAGUACAAGAAACUUAAAGAAACAAGGGGGGAAGAGUAUGCUAGAAACAACCCACCAGCUGGUGUCAAUCCAGAGCAGUGGACGAGCUUAGUCACUAAGAAGUGAACAGUUCCAAAAUGGCUGGAGCGAUCAGAAAAAAACACCUCAAACAGGUCUUGGUCUAAGACAAAACAUAGAUGUGGAUCAAAGUCACUCCCAGUUAGGGUUGCCGCUGCGAUGCACGAUAAUGGAGGUGUUGUGCCCGCGGUAACAGAGAUGUACAAGGAUACCCACUUCAAUAAGGACACACAAAAAUGGAUCUCUUCAGAAUCCGAAGUUCUCUAUGAUAAGAUGGUACAAAUAGAGACUGAACAUAAUGCGCAGGAAGGUGCAAUCCCGAUUACGCAAGAGGAGCUCUCCGUUAAAGGACUCAAGGCAAAGUCAGGCUAUGUGAAGGGACUUGGCAUUAGGCCUUCCUCCUCUAUUAGGACUGUGAACAGGGAGUAUGUAACACACCUCGAGGGAAAGGUGCAAGAGCAAGCUGAAAAAAUUCAGGAGCAAGCGGAAGGAAUUGAAGCAGCAAACAAUAAGAUAGAGGAACAGGGGAAGACUUUGGCUAGUGUUAUGGCGUUUCUUAAACAACAAGGAUUCACCGGUUAACAACUUGCUGAUUGAAUACACAUAAGGUUUGUAGGGGGGAAGAUGGUAUAUAGACGUUCUUCUAUGAAGACUUUUUGUUUGGAUAUAUGAAGACUCCUUUUUGGGAUGAAGGUCCGAGUCUUCUUUUUUGGAUGUAUGCUUCUAUGAAGACUCCUUUUUGGGAUGAAGGUCCGAGUCUUCUUUUCUGGAUAUAUGCUUCUAUGAAGACUCCUUUUUUGGAUGAAGUUCCGAGUCUUCUUUUUUCAUUUUAAUGAUGCUACAGAACUAUGAUGAACAUAUAUGGUAUGGUCUACCUUUCAUGUUUUUGUCAUGGGAAUAUUGAUGCUUUAGAUCCUAUGGUUGAAUGGACAUUAAUUUGGUAUAGAAUACAUAGUUUUUGUGGUUAAUGGAUAUCUAGUUUGGCACAUGAUUAUAAUGGUUUACAAAGAUGUAUUGGCU